AUGGGGACAGCCAAGACGGUCCGUGUAGACCUAGCGGCGGAUGGGGCAAUCUCGAUUACAGUCCGCACUGUUCCUGCGGCUGUGAGCGCCGAGGCACGGGAUUGCGACACUGUUGCCAAUGUCGACGGGGACGCCCCGACAACACUUGAACUACACACUCCCGAGCAACUAGAUUCAUUUGAAGGAUGUACGACGCUCAACGGCCAUAUCGUCAUUCAAUCUGACUACGAAGGCGACUUCAUCCUCAAUGAUGUGACAGAAUUCCAUGGAAACAUCUCCACUGCCGAGGACAGCCCGAAAGCGCUCAAUCAGUUUGAGAUGAGUAAUCUCGAAAAUAUUGAAAACAUCCAUCUGCUUGGUCUGUCUGGUAAUGUUUCUCUACCGCAGCUCGAGGUGGCAGGAGAUGUGGAGCUCGUUCAGACGUCGGAUAGUGGGGCGGUCGAUUUGAGAUCGCUGUCCGAGGCUAACAGUUUGUUAUUCCGGGGAAGUUGGACAAAUACGGACCUUUCCUUGCUCAAAACAGUUACUACGAGAGUUGAAUUCUGUGGCGCGCAGACCUGUGGAAUUUAUGGUGACUCAAGGACUUUCCCCUAUAUCCUUGUCAAUCUACCAUCACUCGAGGAGACAGACUACCUCAUGGUCGAAGGGGCCGUGAAAAGUGUAUCUGUGCCGAAGCUAGAAGUAGCGGGCUACAUAGAAUCAACCGAGCUUGUUUACGGUCAGGGGCUACGAAUCAAUAUAGAAGAAGGCUAUGACAAAACUCUUGAUUUCGACGCUCCGAAUUUACACACGCUGAACGGCCAACUUGAGGUUUACGGCGGUGUAUCUAGUCUCAGCUUAGGCUCCUUGGGAAAGACAAGCCUGAGCAUCACACUGAAUACAGGGGCAGCCCUUGAUGUCUAUUCAACUAUUCAGACUGCGAGAUAUUUCUAUCUCUGGGGGAAGCUGAACAGUAUUUAUCUGCCCGAUAUGGACGAUUUAGGACCGAUCGGUUUGGCCUAUUCUCCCAAGAUACCUUGUAACGAUACACUAUACCAGCUGUGGCUUACUCAGCCGAGUUACUCGAGUGACUGGGAGAAUAUUAAUUCUUGCAAAUCCUACGAUUUCCCGCAGGAUGUUGAAGCGACGGACCAAAGCACGACGACGACAGGUGCUACCACCACAUCUACCACUACGACUACUGCUGCUACUACUAGUGGUACUAGUAGUAGUUCAGUAAGCACAGGAAGCACGGGGGAGGAGAGCUCGAAUGGUAGUGCCACGGUGUCUGAGACGCCUGCUCAGAGUAAUGAAACCGAUGCAAACAGGCCAGACAGCACCGAUGUUGCGACUCAGAUAAACGGGACUCCCCGGGCCUUUUCCAUAACCUUUAUUAGCGGUGCUGCACCGCUGAUCAUGGCUGUCAUGUGGGCUUUUCUCUAUUAG